UGUAAUUGCAGGAGUUGUUUAAAGCUACUCUAGUACAUGCGCCUACGUAGUAUUGGACCACAGUAGUGAUGAUCAGAAUGGCAUGUCACAGCCUAAGGAUGCGGCACACGAUGUCUACUCAGCCUGCUGCGGUCGGGAGAAGGCUUUUUGCGAGCCGGUGGUUCACACUUCUGGCAGGAACGAUUUUUGGGAUCUGUAUCACCCAACUUUUCCGGGUACCGGAACAUGCAGCACCGUACGUACCGAAGAGUGUAGGCUCGUUUCUCCGCGAGCUCACGCAGCGUAGCGGUGGCCAUGAUUCCACGGGAAAUAUUCAACAUCACGCCAGCAUACCAGCCUGGAAGGCACGAUUGCCAAAGGCGGAAGCGGCGUCUACUAACACCAAAGAGCCGCGGAAGAUCCUUUUGGACUGCGGGGCUAACGUGGCGUCCACAGUCCAGUUGUUCCGGGAGACCUACCCAGACGGACAGGACUUCAUCAUCCACUCCUUCGAGAUAGACGAGAGACUGACGCCUUUCUUCGCACCGUACCCGAACCACGUGCUGCACUGUCCCACUGGGGUGUCCAACAAGGACGGAAACAUGACGGCCUACUCGGAACUGGUCUGGUCACCGAACAAAGGACUAAACAACGGCAAAGACAUGCAGUGGGGAGGGGGGUCACUCUUUGCUUACGAAGACGAGAAAAGGGACACCGAGACGGGCGGCAAGCGGAAGCUGUCCCACCACCGGACGGUGCCGACAGUCGACCUGUCCCGCUGGAUUCAGGAGAACACCGCGGUGGAGGAUUACGUCAUCUUCAAGCUUGACGUGGAAGGUGCCGAGUACGACAUCUUGAAGAAGAUGCUGGAAGACGGAACCUUUAAUUGGGUGGACAAGUAUUACGGAGAGUUUCACGGCUGGCAACCUGUCACUGGGUGGGAUAAAAAAAAGAAAGACAAACUCGUGUCAGACGUACAGAAGAACGGCAAACCUUUCCUGAGUUGGGCGGCCGAGUACCGGACCUACCAGGACUUCGACACCAUGCACCCUCCUUUGGUUUCCGAGAGUUUUGUAGGCUCACCAGGGACCGUCUACUCCGGCUGCACGGCGCCACCCUCGGGUGCCCCACGCCUGACGCUGGCAGUCCUGGUCGGUAUGAACGCCAAGGCCGCACACAAGUUGGUGGAGACCAUCGCGGCUCACUCCAGCAGGAUGCCCGUCACGCUCUUCCUCUAUGGAGACUUCGUGGAAACGUUUCCCGAACUGGUGACAGAAUGGGCCAAAACUUUCACUAUAGGCAUGCGCGAGGGCCAACCAUUUCCGCUAGGGCACUUCACGCUACAGGCACAGAGCUGGAUCCGGAUGGGUCUGGUCAGCACGAUACAGCGGCUGAGCGAAGUGGACCUACAGACAGCCUACUACUUGCCUGAGCAUGUGACAGACGCCGUGAAAAGCGAAGCUAAGUAUCGGGGCCUGAGGAUCAUCCAACCGACAGCUAGCUUCCCUCCAACACACGAAAACUGGCUCCUGUCUGUUGCAAACUACUACAAGUACAGAGACGUGGAGAGAGUCCCCAAAGCUCUUCGUGUCAUCGCCAAUCAACUAGAGGACAAGGGAGGCAUCGUCAGCCUGGACUCAGACCACCCGGACAGUUACAUGAUCUCUGUUUUCCUCAUGGACUAUUUGGUCGAGAAGUCGGGCUACAAUCUAGUUAGCAUUACAGAAUGUCUAAAGUAGAUAUUAGCAGUAUGAA